AUGACAGCAGAUGAAAGCAAGAAGAAAGCCAGGGCGGCUGUACAAGCCAUGUUCGAUAGGUACGAGCUGCUGGCUUCGCAACGACCCAAAGGUCACGUCGACUUCGACAGCGAAGUGAUGAAGAACAUGAAGAUAGUAGACGCUGGACCUGAAGGCUCGGCGGAGUUCGAGCUCUACAUUGCGCCAAAUUUCUCCAAUCUAAACAAUGUCAUGCACGGUGGCGCGGCAGGUGUUAUAUUCGACAUGUCAACCACCACUGCUCUAUGUCCUGUGGCCCGUCCAGGCUUCUGGGAAUUCAUGGGUGGCGUAACACGCUCGCUCAACAUCUCCUACCUGAAAGCAGUGCCAAUUGGCACCACAGUGCGGCUGGUGAGCAAGGUGGCCAGCGUUGGCAAGCAGAUGGCCAUGAUUCGGGGUGAGAUGACGAGUCUUGAUGGGAAGACGACUUUCUGUACGGUUGAGCAUCACAAAGUGAACGUUCCUGUGCUGCCGGAGCACUUGAGCGCAAGGAUACCGUGGGACGACGAGUUCGAGAAAGAAUGGGGUGUUGUGAAGGGCAAAACCGAGAUAGGGCUGAAGAGUAAGAUGUAG